AGGAUAAUAAACCAGUCACUAUUUUUUAUUGUUUUGGAAAUUUGUAUCUAUUUCCUUGUUUUAAGUUUUGACAUUGAUUUUUCAUUUGUGGAUUGAAAAUUUUGUAAGCAGGAAAUUUGUUUUAUUCCUAUAUGAUAUGGGUAAAAUUGAGUUAAAGUUCAUCAGAAGGCUGUUCCAUAUGGACAGAAAAAUGGAUGAAAAAGAUAAACCAGAUAAACAACCGAAAAGAAAAGAGAGAAAAAAUGAUGAAAAGACUGCUAAUCGAGAAGAAAAUCAAACAGCAAAAAACUUGUGUACAAAUCAGAAGCUUAAUGUGAAUCCAAGAAAUCCUCUAAAUUCAGUAUCACAACCCCAAUCACAUCAGAAACAAGCUAAUUCAACAGCAACAUAUUCAGAGUCAUCAGCUGAGGCUAUGGAUGAUUCAGGAGCACCGGACUCGCCAUUGAAUUCCAUGCAAGAGUCCCCUGCUCAGAACCCUGUCAAGAUGGAAAGGGUUCCAUCAACCUCAGAUUUACCUGUGUUUUCUAGUCAAUUUGUCACCCAGAUCUCUUCUCAAAGUGACCCAGGUCCAGAGAAAGCCCUUUUGCUGGCAACUGCAAGUGCAGCUUUUGGACAUGGUGGCAAUGCUCCAUAUAACUGGCAGGCUACUAAGAUCUGUGUCAAAGACAGACUUUCUUAUCUUUGUAAUACUGAAAUAAUGGCUGAUGUUCAUUUUAUGGUUGGAGCACCACCCCAUCAACAAAAAAUACCUUCUCAUAAAUUUGUUCUGUCUGUAGGUAGUGCUGUGUUUGAUGCACAGUUUAAUGGUCCAAUGGCAACACAAGAGGAUAUUGUAGAAAUCCCUGACGUUGAGCCUGCAGCAUUUAUUUCACUUCUCAGAUUUUUGUAUUCAGAUGAAGUUAAAAUAUGUUCUGAUUCUGUUAUGACUACAUUGUAUGCUGCUAAGAAAUAUGCAGUUCCAGCAUUAGAGAAACAAUGUGUGGAGUUCUUAAAGAGAAAUUUGAGCAGUGACAAUGCAUUCAUGCUUUUGACGCAGGCACGUUUAUUUGACGAGCCCCAGCUGGCAGCUUUGUGCUUAGAAACUAUAGAUAAAAAUACACACGAGGCUUUGCAGGCCGAUGGUUUCACAGACAUAGAUUUAGAAACACUUUGUUGUGUUCUAGAACGGGACACAUUAGGAAUCAGAGAAUUCAAACUUUUCGCAUCAGUUUGUCGUUGGGCAGAGGCAGAAUGCACUCGUAAAAACCUGCCACCAAGUCCUGAAAAUCAACGUGGCGUGUUAGGGCGUGCAUUAAGACUGAUUCGCUUCCCUUUAAUGAGUGUGGAAGAAUUCGCUCAAGGAGCUGCUCAGAGUGGAUUGUUAGAAGAUAAAGAAGUGGUCAAAUUGUUCUUAUACUUUACAGUAAAUCCUAAACCACAGAUAGCUUUCCUUGAUGUCCCAAGGUGUUGUCUGACUGGUAAAGAACAAGUAGUAUCCAGAUUUUGUCAGAUAGAGAGUAGAUGGGGUUAUAGUGGAACCAGUGAUAGAAUCAGGUUCAUGGUUAACAGAAGAAUAUUUGUAGUUGGUUUUGGACUUUAUGGUAGUAUUCAUGGACCUAAGGAAUAUUAUGUUACCAUCCAGAUUAUACAGUCGGACACUGGUAAAGUAAUGGGACACAAUGACACCAGUUUUCAGUGUGAUGGUUCUAACUCCACGUUCCGUGUCAUGUUUAAGGAGCCAGUGGAAAUUCUGCCCAACACUAGUUACACAGCAUGUUCAACUUUGAAGGGUCCCGACUCGUAUUAUGGAGCUAAAGGUCUCAGAAAAGUGACACAUGAAUCUGUUUCGAGUGGAAAGGUCACUUUCCAGUUUACUUAUGCUGCAGGCAACAACAAUGGAACAUCAGUAGAAGAUGGACAGAUCCCAGAAAUCAUUUUCUACACAUAAAACUAUUUAGAUUAAAAUCUGUUGUGAACCACUGCAUCUCAUUGAAGAAUUCAGAAGGUCAGCAAUUCAUACGGAAAAAAAGGAUCAAGUACUUUUUACAUGAAAAUACAACUUAAGUGCAUAACAUCCAUGCUACCAAAUGUUUGAAAUAAUAUCCCUAAAGUGAACUUUGAAGUUGAAUUUCACUAUUAAAAACAGCUUAAAUUAUCUUAAUUGAACUUUAGUCAUGUAAUUAUAACAUCAGUUGAAGUUCAUUAUUGCAUAUUAAUAAUUCUCAUGAGCAGUGCUUAUACAUAGUUCAACAAUGAAUCAAACUGGGAAAUAUUGUAUUUUGUCUCAGAACUAAAAUCCAUACAGGAAGCUGGUGGAAAUAGAAGAAUUCAUUUAUGAUUAUGUAUUUACAUUAAUUGAUAUUAUGUAAGACCUUGCCAAGUGAACAUUUACAUUAUAAAUUAAAAUGGCACGAAAAAAUCACGUAGUCAUGGUAGUGGAAACAUUAGUUUAGAAGGAAAUCAGAAAGAGAUGCUGAAUGAUAUUUUACAAUGCAUAAUAAUAUCAGGUUGUUAAGUAGAAAACUAUUAGUGGACAAAUCAGAAUGUAUGAAACAUUGAAACCAAGUGACAUGAAACUAUAUAUGUCAGAAGAUGAUUGUCCAGAGGAUAAAGUCAAGUGCUAUUUCUUUUUUCUGUUGUAGCAAAUUAAUAUUGUAAAAGUCAUUAUAAUUUUUACUAUAAAUUUUGAAAAGGCCAGUAGUAAAGGAUUUAAGCCAUGAAUUUAUAGGUAUGAGGAGGAAGAACUGUGUUAUGCGUUGCAUUUUUUUGUGAUAUAAUUUGUGAUAUUUAGUCAUUUAUUUAUGCUACAUGUAUCUAAGGCUAUUCCAUUUUAACAUUACUACUUUACAAAACAUGCAAGAUAUAAUGGUUUACCUUUUUUUUAAAUUGUUAUUUGGAUGGAGAGUUGUCUCAUUGGCACUCACUUCUCAUCUUCCUAUAUUUAAGACAAUUUUUACUGAUCAUUCACAAUAUAUUUCUUGUUAUGAAAUAUUAGCUUCAAAAGCAGUCAUGCUUUUAAGUUAUAUUUACCUCCAUGGGUUUUGUGUUAUGUUUAAAUGGAAUACAGUGCAUUAUAUAAAUGUACUUUUAUCAGAUAGGUAGAAUAUUCUAUUUAUAUUAACGGGGUAGAUGACUUUUAAGGAUGGCUUAGAAAGGAUAUCUUUAUUGUGGAAAAUUAUUUUAUGAAUUAACUAGAUGUAUAUUGAUAAUUGAUCUAUUUAUUGUAUAUAUUUUUUUGGUAUGAUAUUUUUAAAAAGUAUACAACUACAAGUUUAUCUUUAUGGCAGUAGAGGACGUGUAUUGAUGUAAGAGCCUGGUUCAAAACGGUACCAGAUAUAUUCAACAAGAUAGAGAGAACUGAUUUAAAAAAAAAUAUUAGUAUUAAAAUCCAAAAUUGAAAUUGUCUCUGAAAUAGUCCCGUCAGUAAUUCAAAUAUGAAAAAAACACCGUUUUUUAAAGAAUGAGAUUGUAAAUAUCACAUUGCAUCCCAUCUCCUAAAUAUUACCUAAUUUCUUGUUUGCAAAUAUAAAUGUUUAGCCCAAUUUUGAAUAUUAAAGUAAGGGAAUAUGGGAAUGGCAACUGCAUAGAUUGUUUCAAAUCUAUAAAGAAAUGAAUAAUAAUACAUAAUCAUGAUAAUUAAGUCAUUGAAUAUAGUUUUCAAAGUUAGUUCAUCAAAAUAUCCCAUUUAGGUAUAUAUAUUAAGGUGUCUAUAGAUAACAGUAAUUUUGCAAGCAAAAAGAACUAAUAGUCUUUCAAAUGUGUUUUCCCCCUUAUUGUUAGCUUAAUUUAUCCCGUUCAAUCCAGUUUAUGUUAAAAAUAAAAAAUUGAAAUGCUGAAAAAAAUGCCCAUAUUUUUCCUUGUAUGCAAAAAUGAAAAUGCUUAUUAUUGAUAUUAUAUUGCUGUAGACCGUUGAAGAUCUAAAUUAUGAAUAAAAUAUCAGAAUACA